AUGGCAAACCACAGAAGUGCCAUAAGCACGGCUAUUGAUAAUAAGACAAGUGACCAGCCUGUAGCAAGGCACUUCAUGGAAAUGGACCAUUCCGUGGCAGAUUUAAGGUUCAAAUUGAUUGACAACGUCCCGCCAUUAAGCCGUGGCGGUGAUCGGGGGAUGACCCUGGUACAGAUGAACAUGAAGGCAUUCAAGACUGCAUUAGCAAAUGGAUUACUGGCUGGACUGAAUAAUUCAGUAUACGUAUCUGCUGGUGUGGGAGUCUUUGCCCUCAUAAUUAUUAUAAUUGGAGGAUGGGCGCUUAGGAAGAGCAUCCGAAAAUCCAAACUUCCUGAUGAGGAGCAACCAAACAUCAGCCCCGUCAUCAGGAAAGCUUCUCUGAAAAAGGAGAAGAGGUUAAAAAAGAAAGCAAAGAAAGAAAAGAAGGAGAAAAGGGAGGUGGAACAGAAGGAGGAAGAUGAGGAAAUGAAGGAAGAGAAGGAGGUGAAGGUGCAGAAGAAGGAUGAAAAAUCAGGGGAAGCUCAAACUGAAACCAAAGAGAAAGCAGUUCAGACAGAGAGCACACAAGAAGUAAAAUGGAAACUUUUAGAGUUUUGGAUAAAUAAAGACCUAGAAGUACAGAGACGGCGAGAGGAAGAACUAAGGGAGGAGGAGGAGUUCUUUAGCUGAAAGAACAACUGAAGUUAAACUGUUUACAUCAGAGCCCCUCUCUCAUAUCUACCAGAGCUACGUGCACCAGCCAGGGCUCUGCCUCUUCUGCCACUCCUGUGUGCCAAUAUGUCCCGCCCCUGAGAAACCAUCUUGUAUUGUCAUCCUUCUUAUCUCUACCUCUUAUUGGGAAUUCUCCAUGGUUACUAAUUAAUAAAAUUAGACCAAGUAAA